GUGGCGCUUCCGUCUCCGCCGGGGAUGCUCGGAGGGCGGAGCCGCGGCCCGCGGACGCGACGCGAGCCCAGUUCCGGCGAGGAGGCCGCGCCAGUGACAGCGAUGGCGGCGGAGUCGGCGCUCCAAGUUGUGGAGAAGCUGCAGGCGCGGCUGGCGGCGAACCCGGACCCGAAGAAGUUAUUAAAAUAUCUGAAGAAACUCUCCGCCUUGCCUAUUACAGUGGACAUCCUUGCGGAGACCGGCGUUGGGAAAACAGUAAACAGCUUACGAAAACACGAGCAUGUUGGAAGCUUUGCCAGGGACCUCGUGGCCCAGUGGAAGAAGUUGGUUCCUGUGGAACGAAACACUGACCCUGAGGAACAGGACUUCGAGAAGAACAAUUCCCGAAAGCGCCCCAGGGAUGCUCUCCGGAAGGAGGAGGAGCUCAAGGGGGACUACCAAGAAAACUGGAACGCCUCCAGCAGCCAACAGUGUAGUCCUGAUCACAGACAGAAAAAGCACAGGAAACUCUCCGAACCCGAAAGACCUCACAAAGUGUCUCACGGUCAGGAGAGGAGAGAGGAGCGAAAGAGGGGCCACAGGGUCUCACCAAUUUACUCCUCAGACCACGAGUCUUCCGAUUAUGGCCACGUUCAGUCCCCUCCAUCGUCUGGCAACCCUCAUCAGGUGUCCGUGGACCAUUACAGAUCCCCAGAUGAGGACCACGAGCCCUUUGCUCCGCACCAGAAGCCUGGAAAGGGCCACAGUAAUGCCUUUCAGGACAGACGGGGCUUCAGUCAAGAAAGACAGCUGGGUGAGCCCCAGGGGAAGGGGGUUGUGAGUCACAGCAAGGAGCACAAAUCUUCCCAUAAAGAGAAGCGUCCAGUGGACGACCGGGGAGAGGACAAGCUGCCUUUGAGCAGAGAGAAAUCCCACAAGGUCGUCUCCAGAGAGGAGAGCCGGAGGCCCCUCGCCGGGGACGGCACAAAGGAGAAACUGCCCUCUGGUGGCACCAGGAGAGAGAAGGAGAGAGAGGGCAGCACCAAGAAGUUUUCGUCCCCGUUGGAGACUGCUUCAGAUAACCACCCCAAAAAGCAAAAGCACAAAGACUCAGAGAAAACCAAAUCAGACAAAAGCAAGCAAAGUCUGGACAGCUUAGGCACAGGGAAGGGGGCCAGAGACCUGCUGCCCAAGGCAAAAGAGAAGGUUUCUAACAACCUAAAGACUCAAGAGGGGAAAGUAAAAACCCAUUCAAAUAGGAAGCCGGCAGCCUCCCUCCCUAAAGGCGAGGAGGCAGACGUGGAUGAUGAAUUUGAGCAGCCCACCAUGUCCUUUGAGUCAUACCUCAGCUAUGACCAGCCCCGGAAGAAGAAGAAAAAGGUUGUGAAAACCUCCGCCACGACUGUCGGAGAAAAAGGACUUAAAAAAAGUGACUCGAAAAGCACUAGUAAAAACUUGGACCCAGUUCAGAAAUUACCCAAGGUGAACGAAAGCAAGUCGGAGAAACUCCAGCCGGCCAGGGCUGAUGCAGCCAAGCCGAGAAAGGUCCUCGCCGACGCGUUGCCCGUGUUGCCGGACCUCCCGCUACCUAUGAUACAGGCCAAUUACCGGCCACUUCCUUCCCUUGAAUUGGUGUCCUCUUUCCAACCAAAGCGAAAAGCACACUCUUCUCCCCAGGAAGAGGACGAAGCUGGGUUCACUGGACGGAGAAUGAAUUCUAAGAUGCAGGUGUAUUCUGGUUCCAAGUGUGCCUAUCUCCCCAGAAUGAUGACCUUGCACCAGCAGUGCAUCCGGGUACUUAAAAACAACAUCGACUCAAUCUUUGAAGUGGGAGGUGUCCCAUAUUCUCUUCUUGAACCCGUUUUGGAGAGGUGUACACCUGAUCAGCUGUAUCGUAUAGAGGAAUACAAUCACGUAUUAAUUGAAGAAACAGAUCAAUUAUGGAAAGUUCAUUGUCACCGAGACUUUAAGGAGGAAAGGCCAGAAGAGUAUGAGUCAUGGAGGGAGAUGUACUUGCGACUUCAGGAUGCCCGAGAGCAGCGGCUACAAUUACUGACGAAGAAUAUCAAAUCUGCACAUGCCAAUAAGCCCAAAGGCCGACAAGCACAGAUGGCCUAUGUCGACUCUGAGGCCAAGCCACCUCGUGAUGUUCGAAGGAGGCAGGAGAAGUUUGGAACAGGAGGAGCAGCUGUGCCCGAGAAAAUCAAGAUUAAGCCAGCCCCUUACCCCACGGGAAGCAGCCAUGCUCCCUCCAGCAGUGGCAGCAGCAGCUUUAACGCCAGCCCUGAGAAGUCAGCCUAUGAUGGCCCGAGCACCAAAAGUGCCCACUACAUGCCCGUCGUCAGCAGUGCUGUUUCCUACGAUCCUAGGAAACCGCCUGUGAAGAAAAUUGCCCCCAUGAUGGCUAAGACGAUUAAAGCUUUCAAGAACAGAUUCUCCCGUCGAUAAACUGAGGACUUGCCUUGGAGGUGGAAUUUAGGGGUGAGGAAGAUAAGGACAGUGGGGGCUGGGGAAUGGGACUUCCAAAGGAGACCCGAGUCUUUUGCAUCGUGGAAGCUUCGGUCUCUGAGCCCUGCGCAGUCCGCGGGGGUCGCAUCUGUGAACCCAUGUGCCGCAGCCACUGCCUCCCGCCUGGAGAAUACUUCAGAGUUCUGAAGAAGAUGUGAAGCCUCAGUCUCACUGAGCAUUUUAAGGUCAAUUAUACUUUUGUUGUUAUUUAGCUUCUUUGUAAACUAUAAGAUAGUUUUAAUUAAUAAAUAUUGCCCAGAUUGUAUUUAUAUUACCCCCAGGUUUUUUGUUUUUGUGUUUUUUGUCCUCUACCACACACUUAGCCUUUUAUUUUCAGGGUCCUUUAUUAAUCAGCUUAGACAACAGCCUAAUGAAAGCCAUUCCCCAUCCCAGUCGGGCUCUCCUGAAUGGACUCUGGUCCAGAGGGGAGACUAGGCAUCCCCAUAGUCUGUGUGGUGCCUGCUCCACAGGGCGAGGAGUGGGUCCGUGGCUACCUGUCUAGAGGGGGCCCUCAACGUGCGGACAGGAAGCGUUCAGGUUAGACGCCCCGCCGCUGAGGUCCUCCCCAGUGUUGCUUUGGGUUCCUGUGCAGGAGGAACUCUCUCUCUUAUUCACUAAAUAGUAUUUAUUAUUAAGGGAGGUUAUUUGUGAAGGUCUAGAAUCUUUCCCCCAUCCUUUUUGCCAGUUCCCACUUUUUUUUUUUGAGGCUCACUAGAGGACACAGAACCUUGGAAGUCGAUUUGCACAGAACCAAUUUCCAGUGUCUGAUUCAAAACUUUAGGGUUCUUUUUCCUGCUCCCAUUAGCAUGGGGGAAACACAAAUACUCGGCAGGGCUUUUUAUCGCACCCCCCCCCCCAACCCCAAUACAACUUUAGAGUUUUAAAAGCCAGCACUUUAACUCUUGAUCCCUGUGAAUUAGUACUAGAAGUGAAUAGUUUUAAAAGCUAUAAUGCUAUGCUGGAAAUUGGUUUGGUUUUGCUUUCUUUAAAAGGUACGAUCAUGUGAUUGGAAGAGCACCACAAGUUGCUGUGUUUUGUAGAGAGCUUUGCAGCUGAAGCUCUCUCUACUUUUCAAGUGUUUAAGCCAGAACUUGGAGGGAAGGGCCAACUUAGCAAAAGUGUCUGAGCUGUAGUGUCAAGAUGGGGGAGCACCACAGGGGUAUCCAUAAGUUUGGGAAGGGAGAGUCUCCCUUUUGAGGUGACCUGGGGGUAAGGUCAGAAUGAGGAGGGCAGUGUCAGUGCCCUCUUGGCUGCUGAGGAACACCGAUCUAGGAGGACCCCACCUGGUCCACUUGGUUGUGGCCCAGGUGGAAGCAGAUGCUAUAAACAGAGGGGCCCGUCCUUAAGAAACCUGUUAAGCAGACUGAGGACCGUGGCAGUCUGUCCCUUCAAUAAGCGCACUCAGAGCUCAGAAUAGGGAGCCCGUUGCUUGUAACCAUCCUGGAGACCCAGUUCCGCCAACUUCGAAGACCCAGAGCAGUGGCUGUUCAGUGCACACUGCUGUGCGGGGUGCCUGUUGCGAUGGGGCAUAAGUAUUGUUCUGUUUUAAUAUACUGUAUUUUU